AUGGACCACUGGGGAGAUUCCCAAGGCCCGGCGCGGAAGAGGAUGAGAAAAGGAACGAAGAGUUGCACAGAAUGUCGGCGGCGCAAGAUUCGAUGUACUUUCCACCCUGAUCGCCCCAACGUAUGCAAUGAAUGCCGUUCCAGAGGCAUGAAUUGUGUAGAUCAGGAGCAUACUGCCAUUACUCCUCCAUUGUCACGUUCGGGCUGCCAAGGAGAGCAAUCAUACAGCCUUCGAGAGCGAGUGGCUCAAUUGGAAAACCUAGUAGAUGGAUUGACCAAACGAUUAGACCGACAAAGCGCGACCCCGCCUUGUGAACGCAGUGAAACAAACCACCAACCACAGUGUUUAACAGCUUCAUCAAGACCACCGGCUGCCGAGACAGACGAACUAGGCCCAUGCAGUGGCCAGAUCCAUAAUGCGCCCGUUUUGCAGUUGUUCGACAAUUACCUCGUCAAACGCCAAGAGGAUCCAGCUAACAAUGAUAAAUUCGCUGGCAUCAAAGACAUGUCACCGAAGGCGCAAGCCGUGCGAGCAGAGCUUUUCGCUCUCCUUCCCCCGAGAGAAGACGUACAUUUGAUCAUCAACGCAUCUUUCCAUGCAUACAUCUGGCAGGAUCACUUCCCAGAGCUUUUUGACCGAUUUGUCGACAAGCUCGUCCUCCGGGAUGGCUGCUGCGAUGAACUGGUGGCCCCCGCCGAAGUCGCAAAAGCCCUAAUGUGUCUUUGCAUCAGCGCAGAUCAUGCACCACCAGACUUCAACUGGCGUAUCUUGAGUAGGCCUUGGGAGCCGGAUAGCUUCCAUCAGCGAUGCCUUGAUGCCGUCGACCGUUUGAUCGUCCGUGAUGAUGAGUUUGCGGCUACUUUGCCCGGUAUAGAAACCCAGAUGCUGCUCUCCAAGGUCUACCAGGCCGAAGGCAAGCUUCGAAAAGGCUGGCUGGUGAACCGUCGAGCAAUUGAGUUUGCUCACCUCGCAGGAAUGCAUCUGUCAACCAAGUCUCCAAGGCCAGGUGAUACUUUGUUCGAUCGACGUUUGAAGAUCUGGUGUGCGCUUGCUACUCUGGACAGAACACUGAGUCUGAUUCUCGGCCUGCCUUACGGGAUAGCGGAAGGCUUCAUAUUGCCACAAGUGGAGCAGCGCCUCAAAUCAGAAAUUACAGCCCCAGAACAAUACUUGUUGCGCAUAGGUGUCAUAUCGGGACAUAUGGUGGACCGAAACCAGGACCCAUCCAAAAUGACACUCGAUACAGCAUUGAAACUGGACCAAGAGCUGCAGAGCUCCUGGAACUCCAUGCCAUCUCACCUCAAAGCUGCGGAGCCUUCUUCAGACGAGAAGUGGGAACACUAUAUUGAGAGAGUCCCGCUACAGUUCAUGCUCAAGUUAAUGCGCGCUCUUCUCCAUCUUCCCCUGAUGUUGAAAUCACCACUUGACCCCCGCCUUUAUCCUUGUCACGUCAUUGCACUUCAGUCUGCAAGAGAGGGCUUGGUGUUAUACAAAGUUCUCCGGUCUACUAACAAGCAUUACUUAUGUAAAAUGCUCGACUUCAUGGCUUUCACCCUAGGACUGCUUCUGAUCAUUCAUCUCGAAGGCUAUUCUGAUGAAACACCCGAUUACAGCAAAGAACAAGACGAGAAAGACUGGGCGAUUGUCAGAGAGCUGGUUGAAAGUCUACGUCAGGCAUCAACAGAGAUCGGAGGCUCAGUCGCAGCCGAAUCUGCAAACAUCCUAGGCGCCAUCUUCGAUUCCAGAAAUCUCAAAAAAGACUGGCGCGGCUUCUCCAGUUGCAAGAUCACUGUGCCAUACUUCGGUACCAUCACAGUAGGCGCAGGAACCAAGUUUUCUAAAGGUUCCAAAUCCAAGGAUCAACCACCAUCUACAUCAACCACGCCUGCGACAGAGUCCUCUUGCAUAGGACAGUGUCCGAGCCAACUUUAUACACCCCCGAUGUCUGACCAGGAGGUCUCAUCUACCUCGAAUACCGAUGGCACGAAUUGCCAAUCCCAUACACCAGCCAUAAGUCCAGGAUAUCCAGACGAGUCAUGGCUUCCGCGGGCCGAGCCGCCUCGGGCUGAGAAUAGUUAUGUUGGCCAAGAACUGAAUGCAUUCAGUGGGUUGUUUGAUGACUUUGGCCAGUACAUGUGGCCGAACCCCAAUGUUGAUCUUGGACUUGAUCAGGGCUGGGACCUGAACUGGUUCAACGGAGUGCCACCUGAGGGAGUUCCACCAUGUUGA